UCAGAAAACCAAAGAAGCUCACAGAGAGGAAGAGAGGAAGAAGGUGAGGAAGGAACCAGACCUGUAGGGCUGCAGGGUCAAUUCAAAGAUCUGCUUCUAUUACAUCAGCAGUUCGUUAGUUCUGACAUGUCCUAGAGGACAGUUUGGUCUGAAGAAAGAUCCUGUAGGUUUGGGCACACCUGUUUCCCCUCUACCUUGUGUUCUGUGGAGGACACCACCUGACUCAGAAAGAAGGAUUCUACCGAUCCAUUGUUCACUGAACCUGCAGCAAGAGACUCUUGUUCUGAGACUGCUGGGUCGAGUCAUGGAACCUACAGCUGAAGGAGCCUAGAACCACCUUCUCAGGCCGGAGCUGGACCAAAGCAAGGUAUCCAGAUGCUCACCGUCCAGCCGGACACCAAGCCCAAAGGCUGUGCCGGCUGCAACCGGAAGAUCAAGGACCGCUACCUGCUGAAGGCUCUGGAUAAGUACUGGCAUGAGGACUGCCUGAAGUGUGCCUGCUGUGAAUGCAGGCUGGGCGAGGUGGGCUCCACUCUCUACACUAAGGCCAACCUGAUCCUGUGCCGGAGAGACUACCUUAGGUUAUUUGGAGUAACGGGGAACUGUGCAGCCUGCAGCAAGCUUAUUCCAGCCUUUGAGAUGGUCAUGAGAGCGAAGGAGAACGUCUAUCACUUGGACUGCUUUGCUUGCCAGCUCUGCAAUCAAAGGUUUUGUGUAGGAGACAAGUUUUUUCUGAAGAACAACAUGAUUCUGUGUCAGACUGACUAUGAAGAAGGGCUGAUGAAGGAGGGCUACGCUCCACAGGUUCGCUGAAGGAGGAUGAAGAGCAUGCCUGAAGGAGAGCAUGCAAUCACACAACAAAAUGCACUAAUGCCUCCUGUCCAGCUCCAGUCCAGCUCCUGGGUCCAACGUGUACAGAAAUGAAAAGCUUUUGUAAAUGCGGAAACUCUCUGCUGUACAGAACAGAGACGAUGUGUCAGGGACGAACUCUGAGACCAACAACAGAUCUUGUUUUCUAUUUUUAGUUCUUUGUUUUUGACAGACAGAACCUUACUGAUCAGAACUCAGACAGGUUUCUUAUCAAGUGCUACUUUAGGUUAAAAACUCUGAAAAACCAGCUUGCCUCAUCUUUUCAGACUACGUGACCCAAAACUCUGACCUAAAACACACGUUCAAAUCAACAAACUCAUGUCUAAUAUACAUCUCAUGUAAAAAUUACAAGGUGGUGAGAAAAGCUGUGUAAGUGUGUGUGUGUGACUUUUUGUUACCACAUUCAUGUCAAAGCGUAAGAAACUGAAACGAGCCAUCAGCUGGUUCUGAUUUAAACAUCAAUAAUUUGUGUUGAAUAGUCAGAGAAGACCAGUCUGCUGUGGGUGACUCUGAACCAACGCUACUGCACUGCUGGAUGGUUAAGGUUUAGUAGCAAUAAAAAACUUGACUCUGACAUACUGAUCAGAACUAAAAGGCUGAACAACUUCACAGAUGUGUGGCGGACAUUAGUCAAAUGUCUGACAGAUGUUCUCUGAUUGUUCUGGAGCAGGAACAGGAACCUUCACAAACCUGUCAUCGUCCUGCGGUUUAAGUCAUCUCAGUUCCUUCAAAUAAAUGAAUUCUAUCAAAGCUUUCUGCUCUGCCAUCUUGGAUUUGGAUCCAGACGUUUUCAUGUGAUGACUAGUUUUUAAUUUUGAUGCAAAAAGUCCUCGUCUUUAUUAAACCGCCCCCGACACGCUGAAACACUCAUGGAGACACUGUACAGGGUGUGUGUGUGGGGUGGCUUUUUCUACAGUAUUUAUUAAAUGAGGCUCCAGACCACCUUCUGAACAUGUUAAUGACUUUUCCAGGUACUGUACAGUUUUCAGCUGUGAGUUCUGACGUGGUUCAGCUCCGGCCUCGUGCUGAUCAGAACCACGACCUGCUGCGGAUGAGUCGGACCUUUUAGCCUUCAGAGCUCAACUUCAGCAGCAGUUUUUCUGCUAUCUGUAAACUGUGAAUCUAACAGGAAAACUCAUUCUUUGACAACUCUUUAUUUCAUCCAGCAUGAUAUGUUUAUUUUUAGGAUGUGUGUAAAUAUUAAAAUUGUAACAACUGAAAGCAGAAA